AUGGGGUACAAGUAUUCUGAAAAUAACUAUUCACUGUUCUCUAAGAAGACCUCAUCCUCCACCAUCUUUGUAGUUAUUUAUGUUGAUGAUGUUAUCAUUACUGGUACUUAUUCAGUGGAGAUAGACAACUUAAAGGCAUUCCUUAACAAGCGGUUCAAAAUCAAGGACAUAGGGAGACUUCACUAUUUCUUGGGUUUACAACUCCUCAGCCAAUUCAUGCAAGCACCUAGAGAUACACACUUGACUGCAGCUUUCCAUCUUCUCAGAUACCUCAAGAAGGAUCCCACACAAGAGAGAUUUUUCUCCAACAACACUGAUUGUUCCAUCUCUGCAUAUUGUGACUCGACUGGGCAGCCUGCCCUGACUCUAAGAGAUCUGUUACUGGUCCCUCAGGAAAGUUAUUGGGGAACUGGUGUGGUUAAGCAGGUUAUUUGA